AUGCCCAAAAAGGUAAAAGAUGUGCAAUCAUUCAUCGGAUUAGCCGGAUACUAUCGAAAAUUUAUCGAAGAUUUCUCACGAAUAGCAAAACCUUUAACAAAACUCACAAAGAAAGGAGAGAAAUUUGAGUGGACCGAAACACAACAAAACGCAUUUGACAUGCUAAAAAAUAAAUUAACGACGGCAUCGAUAUUAAAAUAUCCCGACUUCACGAGAGAAUUCCUCCUAACCACGGAUGCAUCGGACUAUGCAAUAGGAGCCGUCUUAUCGCAAGGCGAGAAAAAUAAAUUGCAACGACGCGCUAAAGCACCGUUAAUGAUAACAGAUACGCCAACAAAACAAUUUGAGAAAUGCGCGUUAGAUAUCGUAGGACCAUUGCCUGUAACGACGAUGGGAAACAAAUAUACAUUAACAUUUCAAGAUAAUUUAACAAAAUUUAGCAAAGGAAUACCAGUACAAAAUCAAGAGGCAACAACAAUAGCAAAAGAACUGGACGAAUGGAUACCGUAUGCGAUGUUCGCAUAUAAUACGACACCGCACACCGCUACGGGAUCACGCCGUUCGAACUGGUAUAUGGGCACCAGGCACCACUACCUACGGCCCUAA